AUGGGCUCCCCGUUGAGCACGGCCACUGACCUCUACGCCUCUUACGGUAACAUGGGUAUGGGCACCGGCAGCAUGGCCAACGGGAGCGGUGGCAACGCCGGCAACUCAUUGCUGCCUUUCCCCUUCCUUCCACCGUCUGCCUACACCGGUGAGAGCGGAGGUCUCCUUGUCCCUCCAAACAUGUCUGCACCAGCAUUCUCUUCACUCACAACGACCAAAGGAUCGCCGGUCGGGAUGGAGAACAUGAUCGAAGAGGCACGCGGACUCGCAGGCCCGUUCCAAGCGCCUUUGUCCCCCCUCUUCUCCUCCCGCAUUCAGUCUCCUGCUGUUGGCGACGCACCCCGGGCAGACACUGAAGGAGGGCGCGGAGGGCGUAGUGAGCAGACGGGAGCCGUGUCCUCGCUCGUUGGGAUGUCUAUGCGAUAA